AUGGUAGUUUUUUCUGCUAGGAACUGCCUCACGCAACACUGGGAUAUCAAUGUUCCAUGUCAGAGUCCCAUGUGUUAAGAGCUUUUUUUAAAACCUGAAUUGAGGUUCAACACAUUUGUAUCUCAGAUGGCUGCUCAGUUCAGACAGUCAGUUCAAAAUAAAACCAGCAGCAAGUCAGAACAACUACAAACAAAGACAGGAGACAUUCUUUGUGAUGUCUGCACUGAAAUCAAACUGAAGGCCCUGAAGUCCUGCCUGGUGUGUCUGACCUCCUACUGUGAAACUCACCUGGAGCCUCAUCAGAGGAUCCCAGGCCUGAAAAGACACAUGCUGAUUGAUGCUAGGAAGAACCUGGAAAACAGAAUGUGUAUGAAACAUGAUCGACCUCUGGAGCUGUUCUGCAAGAUUGUUCAGAUCACAAAAUGCAUUUUGUUGUUGGAGGAAGAAUAUGAAAGAACAAAGGCCAAUUUGGGAAAGAAAGGGGCGGCAUUUUCACAGCUGAUCCAGGAGAGACAACUGAAGAUUGAGCAGAUCAAACAGUCAGUGAAGCUUAGCAAGGAAGAUGCAGACAGAGAGACAGCAGCCAGUGUGCAGGUCUUCAAUGAUCUGAUAAAGUCUGUUGAGAGACGUCUGGCUGAAGUUGACUGA